ACAGAAGAGAGACUCCACAAAGAAACGCAAGUAAACAAAAGUCGCUUUCGACCCACGUGAUCGUUCGUCGACUUUUCUUCUCCUUCUUCUCUCUUUCAUCUCCAUCUCUCUCUCUGUCGUCUCUCUUAACUUUUUUAGGCGAUGAAUUAGGGUUUUAAUUAUUUUCUCUUUCAUUUUUCCCCGCAAAACCAAGAGAAGGAUAAACGCAGAGAGAUACCUUCUUCUUGUCAAAUUCUAUUCGGCUGCUUUGUUAAUCUAUUACAGGUCUCUGAUCUUACUCUGAAGAGAGUCAGGAUGAUGUUCAACGAGAUUGGAAUGUGCGGGAACAUGGACUUCUUCUCUCCCGCGUCUCUAGGAGAAGUCGACUUCUGUCCCGCGGCACCCACCACACACCCCGAACAACCCGACUCAGUCGUCGAAGACGACUACACCGACGACGAGAUCGACGUGGACGAGCUCGAGAGGAGGAUGUGGAGGGACAAGAUGCGCCUCAAGCGUCUCAAGGAGCAGGACAAGAGCGGCAGCAGCGGCAGCAAAGAAGGAGUGGACGCCGCCAAGCAGAGGCAGUCUCAGGAGCAAGCCAGGAGGAAGAAGAUGUCCAGAGCUCAAGACGGGAUCUUGAAGUACAUGCUGAAGAUGAUGGAGGUCUGCAAAGCUCAGGGCUUUGUCUACGGGAUCAUCCCCGAGAACGGGAAGCCCGUCACGGGGGCUUCCGAUAAUCUCAGGGAGUGGUGGAAAGAUAAGGUGAGGUUUGAUCGUAACGGUCCUGCUGCGAUAAGUAAGUACCAAGCGGAGAACAACAUUCCCGGGGUUCGUGAAGGGAACACUCCCAUUGGACCUACUCCGCAUACCUUGCAGGAGCUUCAGGACACGACUCUCGGGUCGCUUCUGUCGGCGUUGAUGCAGCACUGUGAUCCUCCUCAGAGGCGGUUUCCUUUGGAGAAAGGCGUGCCGCCUCCGUGGUGGCCUAACGGGAAGGAGGACUGGUGGCCUCAGCUUGGUUUGCCUAAGGAUCAAGGCCCUGCUCCUUAUAAGAAGCCUCAUGAUCUGAAGAAGGCGUGGAAGGUCGGUGUUUUGACGGCGGUUAUCAAGCAUAUGUUUCCUGAUAUUGCUAAGAUCAGGAAGCUUGUGAGGCAGUCUAAAUGCUUGCAGGAUAAGAUGACUGCUAAAGAGAGUGCUACUUGGCUUGCGAUUAUUAACCAGGAGGAGUCCUUGGCUCGUGAGCUUUACCCUGAGUCUUGCCCUCCUGUUUCUUUGUCCGGUGGGGGAAGCUGCUCGCUUCUGAUGAAUGAUUGUAGUCAGUACGACGUUGAGGGGCUGGAGAAGGAGACUACUCACUAUGAAGUGGAGGAGCUCAAGCCGGAGAAAGUGAUGAAUCCUUCCAACUUUGCUGCUAACUUCCCUGUAAAGGAAGAAGUUCCAUCAGGGAACUUGGAGUUCAUGAGGAAGAGGAAGCCAAACAGAGAUCUGAAUACUCUAAUGGACAGAACGAUCUUCACCUGCGAGAACACUGGGUGUGCGCAUGGAGAUGUCAGCCGUGGUUUUCUGGAUAGGAACUCGAGAGACAACCAUCAGUUUGUUUGUCCACAUCGAGACACCUGCAUACCCUAUGGAGCAGCAGCAGCGGCAGCAGCACCGUCCAGGUUCCAUAUCAACGAAGUUAAACCUGUCGUUGGAUUCUCUCAGCCAAGGCCAGUGAACUCGGUUUCCCAGCCAAUUGACUUAACAGGUAUUGGAGUUCCUGAAGAUGGACAGAAGAUGAUCUCCGAGCUCAUGUCCAUGUACGACAGAAACGUCCAGAGCAACCAAAACCAAACUGUCAUGGAGAAUCAUGGUGUGUCACUGCUUCAACCAACGGUUCAGAAUCAUCAAGAACAUCUUCAGUUCCAAGGAAACAUGGUGGAAGGAAGCUUCUUUGAAGACUUGAACAUACCAAACAGAGUUAACAACAACAACAACGGUAGCAACCAAGCGUUCUUCCAAGGGAACAACAACAACACUAGCAACCACCAAACGUUUUUCCAAGGGAACAACAACAAUGGGUUCAAGUACGACACUGCACACACCAACAACAGCUUCGAAGCUGCGCAUAACAACAGCAGCAGCAACAGGUUUCAGCUUGUGUUUGAUUCUCCACCGUUCGAUAUGGCCUCAUUCGAUUACAGAGAUGAUAUGUCAAUGCCGGGAACGAUGGAUGCUAUGCAGCAGCAGAAGCAGCAAGAUGUAUCCAUUUGGUUCUAAGUCUUGGGGGGAAUAGAUUUCAUCUUCUCUUUAUUUUUAUCUCUUUGUGUUCUUCUUACAUUCACUCUACAAUGUAAUAUUUUUCUGGGUCUGUCUCUCUGUCUCCUCGCUUGUAAUGUGUUUGUAAGAGUCUCUGAAACUCUCUGUUACUGUGUGUGUCUUGUUCUCGCCCUGGCGAAACUCUCUUAUCGUCAGCUUCUUUUAGUUUAUACACCCCAUACUCGGGGGACGAACAUAAUGUAAGUUUUCAUAUUUUAUAAAUGUAAUUUGGAGUUUCUCUUAA